UGUAAAUUAGUGUCAGACUAGCAGAGGCUGCUGCCCUCAUCUCUCCCACCUUCUCAUCUCAUCUGCCUCUUCCCCAUUCUAUCUAUCCACUACUCCCUCCCUCUCUCUCCUCUGCUUGGCUCCACUACCGAAGGUGCCCACAGCCAGGCACAGGCUGCAGAGGGAAAGUUGGCCCCAUCUAUAGCCCUAUACAUCAGUCCUGUACAGCAGCAGUUCCCCUGUGCCAUCCAUCCCCCAGUGCCGGGCUCCUGCUCUGACUGUGAAUGUGCCAGUCUCGUACCUCCCUGCCGAUACCCAGGCUCACUUGCUGCUUAGGAAACCAACCUGCCCCGGCGACAAGUCUGCACAUCAGAGUACCGACCACGUCGCUUUCAUGGAGUGGAUAGAUCAAUCUGGCUACAAUUAGCUCUGUGCUAAUCCCCAACUUACUUUGGUGCUGCCUCCUGCCGUGACAGUCACCGAUUCACCUUGCAAAGGAAGAUAAAAGCCAUUAGCAAAUGUGACCUGUAUUUCCUACUUACAACUGGUGCCACGGAAGCAAGCAAAACAAUCAGAUGCAAAAUAUGGAUGGUUUAAUUGAACAGAACAAUGUGCUUCUGCAUAAUAAAAUCACAGAGGCUGGGAAAAAGAAUGGCUUAAUCAACACCAGAAACUUAAUGGCGGAAAAUAAAGAUGGGAUGGUAUCUGUUUACCCAACUCCUCAAUACCAGAGCCACAUUGUUGGAAAUAUUUCGCCACAGAUCGGGAGAGACAGCAUUAAAAAUGAACCCGUUCAGCAACUCUUGGAUCCAAACAUGCUUCAAAAGACUGUGGAGUCACACUACCGGCCAAAUAUUAUUCUGUAUUCGGAGAAUGUCUUGCGCUCUUGGGGAGAGAAUGUCAGCUCUGAGUGUUGUGAAACCACAUUUAUAGAAGACAGAUCGCCCACCAAAGACAGUCUUGAUUAUCCGGAUAGCAAGUUCAUAGACCUUUCAUCUGAAGAUAUCAAAAUUCAUACUCUCUCAUAUGACGUUGAAGAAGAGGAAGAUUUCCAGGAGCUGGAGAGCGACUAUUCAAGUGACACAGAAAGCGAAGACAACUUCCUAAUGAUGCCACCGAGGGACCAUCUUGGCCUGAGUGUAUUUUCUAUGCUGUGCUGUUUCUGGCCUUUGGGUAUUGCAGCAUUUUAUCUGUCACAUGAGACGAACAAAGCGGUGGCCAAAGGUGACUUUCAUCAAGCCAGUUCCAGUUCCAGACGGGCCCUCUUCCUAGCCGUGCUGUCUAUCACCAUUGGAACAGGGAUAUAUGUUGGAGUGGCUGUUGCCCUUAUAGCCUACCUUUCAAAAAAUAACCAUUUAUGAACCUCAAAAGGCGUAUGACUGUUGCAAAAAAUGCACUUUGCCACGGUGCAGAAAGACGCCACACUGAAGGAUGGUGAUCAAAAACAUUCGCGUCAAGCAGAUAUUUUUCAAGGAAUAACCGAAACCUAAAUAUCUCUGAACAUAUUAAAUUUCAUGAAGUUUUCUGUUCAUAAUUGAAUGUACUUUUUUCAGCAUUUUGUAUGUAUAUGCUUUGGCAUUGUGCUAUACAGGCAAGCAAAAAAGGAAAAAGUAAACUUUAAGACUUUUUUUUCUAAAGAUCAACUUGUGCCAUCUUAAAGUAGCCACGGUGUUGCCAUACUGUAGCCUCACACAGCAAUUCGAUACCUUGGGUUGUGUAGAGGUUCCUAAUGAAUUAUGAUGCCAGUAAAAUAUUGAAAAUCUUUCUGACACUCCAGGGGUUCCUACAUAGCUCAUGUACUGCUUUUCACACCAGCAUUUCAGCCCUGUAAAUCAUUAAAAUUGAAAUACAGCAAUACAUCCGCAGUUUAAGCCACGGUUCAUUCUCACGAGGUGAUAAAAUCAAUUUAACUAGUGCCCCAGGCAGAGAGUAAUGAAACAAGUUUUCGUUUCAUAAAUUAGCAUGGGGGUUUUCUGACCUUACACGUCUUUUCGGCUGCCUUAGCUCUCAUGGUAUUGAAUUUGUUCCAUCCGCUGUAAAAACAGGGGGGCUGGGGAAAGCAUGUCCAAAUAAAUGGAGCUGUUUUAGUGCUACUGUAUUGUUUGGUACAGAACAGAUAGAAAGAACUGCUCAUCAUCAUUAGAGGGAUGGCCAUAACUGGCUCAAAGGCUAUGGCGUGAUUAUUCUGCCACUAACCAUGAUAAUUGUUUCAAUCAUAUGUACUGUUAUAUAUUGUAAUUAAUGUUUAUUGCCCAAUGCUUCCUGGUCAUUUCCUUUAUAUUCGCUAAAUAAAGGUUGUAAAGGAUGCAUGAUAA